UCUUCACCGUGGUGCAAGCUUGAUAAAUAACUUACUCAGUGUUGAGGAAAAAGCCUUCAAAUCUUCUGAUGCUGUUAUACGGAGGCAAGCUUUCCUUUCAUGGAAAUUGUUGAUUGACAAUUUUGCUUUAGAUCCUCAAGAGCUUGGAACUUCAAGAAGAAUAAAAUUGUUGUGUAUACCAUUAAAUGCAAAAAAUAGUAAGACUGAAUUAAUAGCUCUCACUAAACUGGAUGUUUGGUGGCAUUUGAUUAUUAAACUUCAUAAAAAUAUUGGCAAAUUCGUUGAACCCGUGUUAAAGCAAUUUUUGAACUUUUGCUUUGGUCCACUUGGAGAUACACCAUUACUUUCAUCUAAAUGCGAUGUUGCCUCGCCUGGCAAGAGAUUUUUUAAAACAAAAUUAGUUGCCUUAGAUGCUUUAUCUCAGCUUCUUGUCGCGAAACAAGAAAAUCAUAUGCUUUAUACACCAAUUUUAGAAGAAAUGCUUCCAAAUUGUAUAUGUGGUACAAUUUUUCAACAAUGUUUUAAGAGUAUCAUACACAGUGUUGGAGAAGCCAUACUUAUUUUAAGCCAAAUUAAUGAUAAAGAAAUGAAAAAUCGAUACCAAGUAGGAAAACUUUUAUGGUCGAAUUUAGUUAAUUAUGCUCAAGAAUCGAAGACAGAAAUAAAGGAUCUCGUUUAUAAAGACAUUUUAUUAAUAAUAAAUGAAUUGGUAAAUCAUAUUGCUGAUAAGCCAAUGAUCCUGGAUUUAAUUCUUGAUGUUAUCGUUAUUGAUUUACCUAAUUUUAAUAAGGAUAUUCAAAUCCACAGAGAAAUGAUAUUGGACUUAUUGUUUAAACUUUUAUCUACACCAAUUUUGCCAAAAAUUAAGAAGAAUCAUCGCAAAGGACUUAAUUGUUUAUUAUGGGAGUGUGCUAAGUCAAAAAUAGGAAAUGAGUAUAGCUCCAAUAUAUUGGAUUUCUUGAGACAAGUUUUAGAAAAAUUAAUAGAGAUUAAUGUAGAAGAUAAAUCCACAACUAUUAUACCUGAAAUAUGGUGCAUCAUAGCAGAAAUAUUAAUAAAGUAUAUGGAAGAUACAGGCAAAAUCAAUGAAGGCAAUGCCGCCCAGCAUAAUUUUAAGACUACAGAAUAUGUUUUAAAAUUUCCAUUUAAGCAAAUAUUAUCAAAGGAUUUAAAAGAGAUUCUAGAAAUUAGUGAGAUUUGGAAAAAAUUAUACAAGCAAUUCGAUUUACAAGGAGAUUUAAUUGUCACAGUAAAAUCUAAUGAAAUACUAUUAAAUACCAUAAAAAUGAUGCAGAGUUGUUUAAAUAAGGAUAAGGACUGUAGCAUUUUUAUAUCUUACUGUUUGGACAUAUUAUUAAGUAAUAUAAAUUACAAUGAUUUACUAGCUCGAAAUGAAAUAACAUGUAUCAUGGAAUAUUUAAUAGAUCUCAUUAAAACUCAUCUCAAUAAUUCACAAUUUACUAAUUGUGAUAUUGUCUUGAAAGCAUUAUCUGCAGUGCUUAUUACUGUAUAUGGUUAUGAUAAAAAAAAGGCAAUAUUAUGUUUGCAAUAUUUGAGAUCAGUAAUUGAAAUUGUGUUUAUAUCUUCAGCGGGAAUAUCAUUGAAAGAAAGUGGAGGUUUAUGGGAGACAAUACUUAUCAUUAUUAAAGGUCUCGAUAGAAGCUAUAGAUCAGAAUUUUUGUUGUUAUUUAAAGAAGUUAUAAUCAAAUCUGUAAAUCACUCUAAUAUGGAAAUAGCAACGCAUACAUUAUCAUUUUUGCAAGACGAAAAUAAUUUCGAUGACAAAGGAAAAAGCAUAAUUCAAGAGAUACAUAAUAGAAUAAAACCAGAUCAACUGCUAUUUAAGUUAAAUGAUGAGAAAAAUAAAUUAGAAGAUAAAGAGAAAUCUGUGAAACAAUUUAAGAUGGCAGGCAGCUUUUUAAAUAGAAAAUCUCCAAGUUCUAAGGUGGCAUUUACCAGUGUACAGAAAGAAAAAGACGAAAAAAGAGUAUCGUUGCCUAAUCCAGAAACACAGGAAUACGUUUAUAUUAAAACAGACGUAAAAUACGAUGUUAAUCGUUUGACCGAGCAUCAAAAAGAAAUGUUAAAAAAGAAAAGAGUGGAUAUCCCUGCAUUGUAUAAUGAUCUUUCACAAUCAACUUCACAAAGUAGUCAGAAUUUACAAGAAUGGUUUGAUAAAAGAGUUAAACAUAUUAAUGAGGUUGAUCAUGUACAGAACACUAGAAAAGAUGAUACUGUGACAGAAGAAAAUAUUGAUCAUGAUGCUAACAAAGAAAACACCAUUGACUCCACAGUAACGGAAUAUAAAGUCGCUGAUAAAACAGACGCUAUUAGUAGUACUGAUCUGAAAACAGUACAACAGAGUGUUUCACCAGUACAAUCUACAAGUCUAGUAAAUGAAAAUAGUACAUCUGAUGAUUUAUUUAAAGAACAGGCUAAUACGACAUCCGAGACCUCUGGACUUGACAAAUUGGAAAUAUCGUGCAGUAAUGAUAGCCAAGAAAUAUAUACUCACGACGAAGGUUCUGUUGCAAAACGAUUGGAUUUCGAAUCUCGAGAAGAAUUUCCAGAUAACAAAGAAUCUGAACAGAGAUUGUCUCCAUCGAUAUUAGAAAAUGGUAAACGACGUAACCGUAAUAGUACAACGAAGGCAGAUAUCAAUGAACUCAAUUUUGAUAAAACCACAGGUAUUCAGGCUGAAAAAAGCGAAUCUAAAAUAAUAAGAAGAUUGAGAACGAAAUCAAUUAUAACCAAACAAAAAAGAGGUAUAAAACGUAAAUAUGCUUCAGAUAGUGAUUCUGAUGAACUAAUUUGCCAACGAAGAAGAAAAAAAUAUGUUUCUGAAAUUCCUAGUGAUACUGACAGUGUAAAAUCCUUAGAAAGUGAAAAUUUGGAUGAAUCAAAAGAAGAACAAUUGAGCCAACGUACAAAAAACGAGAUGUCGAGGCUAAAAAUAAAUAUGGUAUUUUACAGUGCAUUAACAAAUCGACGAAGAUCUAAAACAGAAAAGGUACUAGAAUUUGAUGGCGAAACUAAAACUGUACGGAAAAGUCCAGACUCAAAGAAUAGCGAUGAAACUAAGUCAAGUGUAUGCGGUCAAUCUACAUUUAAAAAGAAAAGUAAGAAAAGUCUUAAAUUUGAGGGAAAUAAAAGUGAAGAAUUAAAUAUGAUUGAUUCAACGAAGAAUUCUUCAGAAAAGGAAACUAAUAAAUUAGAUAUCACCGAAGGUUCUAGAUCUGAUGAAAGUACAAACGUAUUGUCUGAAGUAACAGGUAGUGUCAAUGUUGAUAUUCAAAAUGAAACCACAGAUAAAGAUAUUUCGCCGAAUGUUGACAAAAUUAAGAAAAAAGAAAUGAAAGAAAGCAGCAUGAAUAGAAAUGAAAAUGAAAAGACUAAAGACUGUAUAAUUAAAGAUGAAGCACUAUCAUGUCCAGAAGAUGGAAUAGAGGAUAUCAUACAAAAUUCACAAGAAGAAAACACAAAAUCAAAAUUAGAAGGAAAAUACAAUGAUAAAAAAUGUUUCAUUAAAAUUAAUAAAAUUGAUAACAUCAUAAGUGCUUCGGGAAUGAAAUCUUCUAAUAAAGAUAGUGUUUUGACAGAAUCUACCCCAGUAAAGAAAAGUACAAAAGAAAUGCCCCAUGUGCCUAGAAAAAUUUCAGAAGAUAAUACUAAAAUUGACGGGACAUCAAACAUAGAAGAUAAUACUACUGAAAUUGUUGUAAAUGCUUCUUCGGAUCAUGAAAUUAGUUGCAUUCAACAUGAAGAUGAAAAGAAAACAGUUUUAGAAGCAUCGCAAGUAAAUAAUUCACCUACAAAUAAAUUGUCUACGGUAGUUGUAUCAUCACCUACAACUAAUAUUAAUCGACUUUUAAAGUUAAAAACUUAUCCAAAUAAAGGUGGUCGCGCUGCUCAUAUGUUGGGUUUAGUUACAAAACAAAUAAUAACGGAAAGUAAUAGUCAAUCUGUAAAAACGGACGAGGAUAUAAUGAUGGUAAAGAAGAUUAAACUCAAUAAAGAUGGAGAAAACGAGGCGCAGAUAGGAAAGAAAGAUAAAACAGCGACAUUUAAAGAUAAUGAUAAAAUUGUUGGUCCAUGUAGCAGUCGUCAAGAAAAAAUAUUUAAUAACAUGAAAUCUGGGGAAUAUCCUUUUCCAUCAUCUUCGCCGGUACCAUUGUUUAGUACUUUAAAAAAUAACGGAGAAAAAAUUUCUCCUAAUGUGGAUAAAUCAAUACCUGAUUACAUGCUAAUUAGUUUGGAUAAUGUAAAUGAAGAAGGAAAUGACGGAAGUUUAUCGCCUUCUCAAAAGAAGUCAGAGUUACCUAUGUUGGAAUGGUCCAAUGCAAAUCCUCCAUCAUUAACUGCAUCACCUAGCGCAAGUAUUCUGAAACGUAAAUGUUUUAAUUUAACAGAAAGUGAUUUAGAAAAUACAACACCAAGCAAGAGGAAACGAGUAAGUUUUGCGGAUCCUCUAGUUUCCAAACAGAUGGGUUAUGAGAUAGUAAUAACUGAAAAUCCCGAUAAACCAAAUAAAUUAUCUUCUCGCAUUGUAUUGAUUCGUAAGAAUUCGCCGUUACGAGCGAAACAAACAAAACUUAAAUUCCUUCCAACAGAUUCAGAUAAAGAGGAUAAGGACAUUGAAAUGCAACAAGAUAACGGAUGUGAAGUUGACUUACAAUGUGAAAGGGAAAACGUAUUAUCAACAAAAAUGGCGGAGGAAAUGGAAUCUACUGAAAGUAUGGUCAUAGAUGAUCAUACUACCUGUAGUAUUUCCGAGGAUAUGAACGAGAAUUCAGAUACAAAAUUAUACACUACAGUUUCACUUAAUAAUUUGUCCGAAGAAUUAGAAAUGUUAGGCAAUAAAUCUAGUCCUAAAGAGACAUCGUUGCUUUCAUCGUCGCUUUCAUCAUCGGUUGAAAAUGGUAAAGUAUUCCAAUCCCAAGAAUCUGAAACUCAACAAGAUAUGUUUGGCAGUAUAGAUGUCAAAAACAAUAUAAAACAGUCAGAAAAUAAGGAUAAAGAUGUGAAUAAUAUAAAUGAUUCAGUAAAUUUUUCUCAAUUAAGCAUUAUAACUAAUGAAGACAUUUUGGAAGAUACAGUAGAUGUGGGAAAUAUUACUAGUUUUAAUACUACAACAAAUUUGGAUGAAAUAUGUUGCACUAAAUCUUUACAAACAACUAGUACACAAAAAUUAGAAAAUAUUACAGAUCAUGAUACUUUAACCGUAACUGAUUCAAUUUUUGGAAGCUUAUCUCCAAGUCAAGCAAGUGAAUCUAGCGUAACAUAUUCUGAUCCAGAAUUAUUAGAUGAUACAAAGGCAUUUUAUGGAGAAUUGGUGUCAUGUCAGGAUCCUAUAAAUUCUUUAACAUCAUACUUGACUUAUCGAUCGUGGACAAAACAAUUGAAUACUUAUUUAACAAGUAGAAAUAUAAUCACUAUUGGCGAUUUUGCACAGUUGACCGCGCGUGAAAUAAAUAGAAUGCCUAUAAAGAAUCAUAUAAAUAAAAUUAAAUUUGUUAAACAAGUUUUGGAUCAUUAUAUUAACAAAAGUUUAUCGAAAGAAAACUCCGUAAAAGGUUUAGAACUGAAUUAUGAUCUUUCGCCUAUUAGUAAUGACAUUGAAUCAACAACUCGUUAUUUGCAAAAUAAAGAAUGUGAAGUAUUGAAGCAAACAGAAUCUAUUACAAAUACAAAAGUAAAUCCAUCUAUUACAGAACCAAGCGAUAUUAACGUUUCAUCGCAGAAAUCAACAAUUAUUGACAUAUCAAUGGACGAUCCAAAUCAUACGACUAGAUCUAUUGGUGUUUGCACCGAUUCUGAUUUAUGUCCGAAACCUUCAAGUGUAGCAACAAAAUCUGUUGAAGCUCAAAUGGCAUUAGAAGAUCUUUUGGACGAAAUUGAUGUUAAUUUAGUAAUGCAAAGUGCCGUCAAACGAUCUUCUCCUGAAACAAUACUUGGACAUUAUAAGCUGAAAUCGAGAUCUUUGCCAGAAGCAGAAUUCGAGAAGGAAACCCUAAGAAUACUCGGACUUAACAAUACCGAAAGUUACUGCGAAGCUAAAUUAAAAGCUGUAUGCCGCGGUUGCGGCGUUAAUAAAGUUCUCUUAAGACUUCCCGAUAUUUUUAGUGGCGAUAAAAAAUUUUUCCAUAAAGUUCUCAAUGCUUAUAGAAAGAAAAUAACGAUUGAAGAUUGUAUGAACGUUUUUAAUUUAAAGGAAAUAAAAAAUCAUGUAGGUGAACAAUAUACAUCUGAAGAACUGGCCGCAAUGUUAUCAGUGUCAUUGAAAAAGGAAGAAGAAAGUGGUAUUAAAGAUCCUAUAAGAGAUCUGUCGUGUUUUAGCGAUAUUUUGAAGAGACUUCCCAUGGAUGUAAUAAUUAGUCAUACUGUUGCAAAUGAUGAACUUAUACCACCACGACUCGUUUUAGAUAUUGCUUUGCAAAAUAGUAGUAUGACCGAUAUAACAGAAACGCUCAAAUCACAGAAUUCAAAUCUUGUACAAGAAGUGUUUAAUAAUUUGUGGUCUAAUGAAUUAGUACUUUCACGUAUAGAACAAACAAGUGAAAGAGAGGAAUUGCUAAAAAUUUAUAAAGCUAUUAGUUCAAAAUUGAAACCUGUAGAAUUAUUGGACGCAUAUCACGAAUCGAUGAAAAAUACAUUAUCUCUUGAUACUACUGAAAAAUAAAAAUAAAAGAUUAUUUCUAUAAAAAUAUUUAUAUAAUCAUCGUAGAGUUAUUAUUAAUGAGUAUCAUUGAUGUAAUCAUUCAUCUUACAUUUAUAUUUCACAUUUACUUUACACGAAUUUAAUAUAAGCAUAUUAUAGGAUAAACGAACAAAUCAUUAAACAUUACUCAUUUUAUUUUCCUUAUUCGUUGUGAUAUUUGGAUAUGUAAUAUAUCCUAUUGUCAUAUAAACAAUAUAUUAGUUGACUUUAUAAUUAAAACGAAAGUAAAUGGCUUUUAUUGUACGCUGGAUGUGUUAAUGAUAUUCUAAUAUUGUAUAUACUUAUAAGCUUCUACAUAAACUGAAGAAACUGUUGAAUGUUUAAUUUAUUCGAAAAUUAAUUAAAUAGAAAUCGUAAAUUGUCAAGCGAAAUAAGAAGAGUAGCCAUUCUUUUUCUACUUGUUAAUUCUUGCUAAGGUAAAUUAGGAUAAAAUGAUGAUACUUGAAAAACAAUUUCUCAAAUAAGGAGAUAAAAAAGUGGAUUUAGAAUAAUAAUUUUUCAUCGAUGAAUUAAAUUUGGAAAGACUACAUCACAGAAAAUUACAGUUUCACGAGAACUUUGAUGAUAAAUUUUAGAGAAUUUAGUGAUCUUUUUACGUCAUCAUAUUAGAAUUAAGCAUUUAUUAUUGUAAAUACGUUCAUGUAUAUUGGUUAUAAUUAUCAACAGUCAAUAUAUUUAAUGACUACCAUUCUUCGUACAAAAUAUUCCAUUUCAAUGUUUUUCUGUAUUUUAUAAUUUUUAUUGUCAAAUAAUUAACACAUGCAUAUAAUUCUACAAUGAGUUCGAUAUUUUGACGUAAUUCUGAUGCAACCCUUACAAUUUAUGCUUUUUUAAUUAAUUAAAAAACAAAAAACGAGGGAACUACAUUUUUUGUCAUUUU